AUGUCGAACCCCGCCCAGCCUUAUGACUCGCAUCGGCGGUCAACCGUCUUCAGUCGCCAGCCCGAGGAGCUUCACAUGCCGUCGACGGCAUUAAGCAAUCCCAACCUGUCCCGUCAAUCCUCCUCGCAUGACUACCCAGCGCCCGACGGAGGUGCCCGACUUCCCGCAAUUAAUGUCCAAUCAAGCCCGAAGUAUGGAGGUGAUGGAAAUAACAGCAGCACUGCGCUCCCAGGAGCCUUGCAGCCAGGAAAUCAGAACCGCCCUGCGGCGGUAUCAAUAAACACCGCCCCAUCGGUUGUCCCUACCAUGCCUCAUUCCUCGACCCAGCCGAAUCACCGCGCAAGCAUGAUCAACUCCCAUGGACAUUCGCGAUCUAGUCCUGCUGGGUUCGAGCAGUCGAUCUACAAGCAACACGGUGCGCCGGAGAGCUCCAAGUACCCCUCCUCUCCUGGAGGGUUCCCGCCUCAUACUCCGCAAGGCUCGAAGUACUCUCCUCUCGGUCUUGCCGAUAUUAGACCCCCUGGCGAGCACCUCUUGAGUGAGGCGCUUAUGAACCCUGGAAUUUCGUCGGUGUCUUACAAUGGAGACAACCAGGUCCCGACCAACAGCAACUAUGUCGCGCCGUGGCCCAUAUACGCGGUGGAUUGGUGCAAAUGGCCGAUUACCGGAAACUCAGGCUUUGGUGGAAAAUUAGCUCUUGGAAGCUAUUUAGAAGACAACCACAAUUAUAUCCAAAUCAUCGAUUCACACUGGACGCAACCAGAUCCCGACACCCCAGACGCUGCUGCUGGAGAGAUCAAGUUGGAAUACGUUAAAACAGCCGAGGCAACUCACUCUUACCCCGUCACUCGCAUUCUGUGGGAGCCUCCAUCGUCCCAAAAGCAAUCGACUGAUCUGCUUGCCACUUCAGGAGACCACCUCCGUCUAUGGUCUCUGCCAAAUUCCCAGCCUCUACAAAGCUCGAACUCGAUUACUCGUCCCUCGAGCCAGCGAGACGCCGCCACAUCUAAGCUCUCCCCAUUGGCAUUGCUGUCAAAUUCGAAGUCUCCCGAACACACUGCUCCCAUUACAUCUCUUGACUGGAACACCAUCUCCCCCAGUCUGAUCAUCACUUCCAGCAUUGAUACAACCUGCACCAUCUGGGAUAUUCCAACAUUGACCGCCAAGACACAGCUGAUCGCUCACGACAAGGAGGUCUAUGACGUUCGAUUCUGCGCUAACAGCGUCGAUGUCUUCGUUAGCUGUGGUGCUGAUGGCAGUGUGCGCAUGUUCGAUUUGCGAAGCCUUGAACACAGUACUAUCAUUUAUGAGCCGACCGAUAAGAACGAGAAGCCGGUUGUAAGCCCUGGUAGCUCCAGUCCUCCGGGCCAAUCGCAGAAUGGCCUCUACCCACCACCUCUUCUGAGAAUCGCUGCCUCCCCCCAUGACGCCCACCUCCUGGCAACAUUCUCCCAAGACUCAAGCGUCGUCCGAGUCCUAGACGUCCGCCAACCAGGCCAAGCUCUCCUAGAAUUGAAAGGUCACUCCGCAGCCCUAAACUGCGUAGAAUGGUCCCCAAGCCGCCGCGGCAUCCUAGCAUCCGGUGGCGACGACAGCAUGGUUCUCCUCUGGGAUCUAAUCAAUCAACACAACGCCGCCCCAGUGCCCUCACCAACCCCCCACACACCCGGAGCCCCAGCCACAACCUCAGAGCGCGGCCCAGCAGCCGUUUGGCAAAGCGAAUACGAAGUCUCCAACAUAAGCUGGUCACCCCAAGGCGGGCCAAACCACACCGGCCUCCCGCGUGAAUGGCUGGGUGUUUGUGGCGGACGGGGAAUUACCGGCGUUGCGCUAUAA